CCUUCAAUUGGCAUGGUCUGUGAUUUGGUAUUGCAUAAGUACCAUGUGACCCUAAAGGAUCUCUUUAUAAGUCCAGGCAGCAGAGGAAGACAAGGGAUUCUCUCAAAGACAGCUCUUAAAACAUCUUCAACUCAACGAGCAGACCAGCAUGUCUUCUAUGAACCGUCUUAACAGUAGCACUGGCUUGAAGAAGACCAGGUCAAAGAAUAAAGAUCAACACUUCACCGAAGUUCAUGGUCUGCCGUGCAUUGAGAAUCUGGUUUGUUCUGUAGAUGAAACCCCAGAGCCCAUCACAACCACAGUUACAGGUAACAUUCCCUCCUGGAUCAAAGGCAAUUUCCUCAGGAAUGGACCUGGAAAGUUUGAGAUCGGAAGAAGCAGUUUCAACCAUUGGUUUGAUGGGAUGGCGCUUCUGCACCAAUUCCACAUCGAGAAUGGAAAUGUGACAUACAUGAGCCGCUUCCUCAACAGUGAUUGCUACACUACGAACCUUGAGCAUAACCGCAUUAUAAUGUCUGAAUUCGGCACGGUUGCAAUGCCAGAUCCAUGCAAGAACUUCUUCCAGCGCUUCCUAUCACGCUUUGAGCUGCCGAAGCCAACUGACAAUGCAAAUGUAAGCUUUGUUCAGUAUAAAGGAGACUACUAUGUCAGCACAGAGACCAACUUCAUGCACAAAAUAGACCCAGAGACACUUGAAACAAAAGAAAAAGUGGACUGGAGUAAAUUCAUUGCGGUUAAUGGCGCCACAGCUCACCCCCAUGUGGAUCCUGACGGAACUACAUACAACAUGGGCAAUUCUUACACUCCAAAAGGUGCCUUCUAUAAUAUAAUAAUGGUGCCGUCAAAGAAGGUGAACCAAAAGGAUACCUUGGAAGGAGCCACAGUUGUGUGCUCAAUCCCCUCAGAGGACAAGUCCAAACCAUCAUACUAUCACAGCUUUGCCAUGUCAGAGAACUUUGUAGUAUUCAUCGAGCAGCCAAUCAAAAUGGAUCUCUUGAAGAUUGUGACAAGCAAACUGCGUGGAAAGGGGAUUAGUGAAGGUGUAUACUGGGACCCCAAACGAAACACAGUUUUCCAUGUGAUCAAUAAGCACACAGGAAAGCCGAGCCUCGUCAAAUAUUACGCAAAGCCACUCUCAACAUUCCAUCAGAUAAACUGUUAUGAAGAAAAUGGUUUCCUGAUCAUGGACAUGUGCUGUUCUGAUGAUGGCCAAGCAAUUAACAACUACAUGAUUCAGAAUCUAAAAAAGUCUGGGAAUGCUCUAGAUGAGAUAUACAACACAAUGGGUAGAGUGUUCCCUCGCCGCUUUGUCCUGCCAUUGAACAUGGACAGGGACAAACCAUGUGGGCAAAAUCUCAACACACGCUCAAAUAGCACUGCGACGGCCAUCAAGACAGACAAGAACAAGGUGUUUUGCACACAUGAAGAUCUCCAUGGUGAUGAUCUCCAUGAAUAUGGAGGUCUGGAAUUCCCACACAUCAACUAUUCAAUGUGCAAUUCCCACCCCUACCGUUAUUUCUACGGAUGUGGCUUCAGACACCUGGUUGGAGACUCCCUUAUUAAAAUGGAUCUUCAAGGCAAAAAAAUAACGGUGUGGAAACACGCAGACAUGUAUCCCUCAGAACCAAUCUUUGUCCCUUCACCUGGUGCUGUAGAAGAGGAUGAUGGAGUCAUUCUGUCUGUGGUCAUCACCCCUAAUCAGGACAAGAGUACCUUCCUUCUAGUGCUGGAUGGAAAAACAUUCGAAGAAUUGGGCCGCGCUGAAGUACCUAUCAACAUUCCAUAUGGAUUCCAUGGGACUUUCCAAAAUGGACACUAAAAGAUACUUUUUAAAAGCCCAAAUGUUUUGGAAGAUGAUCAUGCCGUCUCUUAUUAACCUACUCUCAUUUUUUUUUACUUGUAUUGUUUUCUCUCUUGAAUUAAACACUCAAACUUGUAUUUUAUAAAUUGUCAGUCACAGAAUAAUAGGGUCUGCUAUAAGAAUUUAUUAAAACAAAUCUGCAAAUGGUUUUUAGAAUUGUCACCACAUAUUAGCUUUAUUUCAGCAUAACACCUAAAGUAUUUUUCAAAUUUUAUAAUGUAUAAUUAUUAAUCAUUAAAGUAUAAUAUGAACAUGUAUAAUCAAUGUAUUAUGGAUUAAUGCUUGUAGAGCAAAUUAAAUGCAUUAUAUAAAUCACUUGACAUUAAA